AUGGGGUCAGUCACCGGAGCUGUCCUCACGAUGCUACUACUUCUGUCAUCUACUCAAAACUGGAGCAGGGUCAGAGCUGGGAAUUCCUAUGACUGUGAUGAGCCUCUGGUGCCUGCCCUGUCUCAGGCCUCAUUCAGCAGUUCAUCUGAACUCUCUAGCAGCCACGGUCCUGGAUUUGCAAGGCUAAACCGAAGAGAUGGAGCUGGUGGCUGGUCUCCACUUGUGUCAAACAAAUACCAGUGGUUACAGAUUGACCUCGGAGAGAGGAUGGAGAUCACUGCCGUGGCCACUCAAGGCGGAUAUGGGAGCUCCAACUGGGUGACCAGCUACCUCCUGAUGUUCAGCGACAGCGGCAGGAACUGGAAACAGUAUCGACAGGAGGACAGCAUCUGGGGAUUUUCAGGAAAUGCAAAUGCAGACAGUGUCGUGUACUAUAGACUCCAGCCUUCGAUCAAGGCCAGGUUUCUGCGCUUCCUCCCUUUGGAGUGGAACCCCAAGGGCAGGAUUGGAAUGCGGAUCGAGGUGUUCGGAUGCGCAUACAGAUCAGAGGUGGUUGAUCUGGAUGGAAGAAGUUCUCUCCUCUACAGAUUUGAUCAAAAAUCCCCGAGCCCCAUAAAGGAGAUUAUUUCAUUGAAAUUUAAAACCAUGCAGAGUGAUGGGAUUCUACUCCACAGGGAAGGGCAAAAUGGAGAUCACAUCACACUGGAACUGAGAAGAGGAAAACUCUUUUUACUUAUUGAUUCAGCUGACACUAGACUGCCCUCUCCUCACACCCCGGUCAACCUCACCCUGGGCAGCCUGCUGGACGAUCAGCACUGGCACGCGGUGCUCAUCCAGCGUGCGGGCAAACUGGUCAACUUCACCGUGGACGAGCACCGGCACCGCUUCCACGCCCAGGGGGAGUUCAGUUACCUGGACCUGGAUUCUGAGAUCAGCUUUGGAGGGAUUCUAGCACCUGGAAAAUCAGUGUCAUUCUCCCAGAAAAACUUCCACGGGUGUUUAGAAAAUCUCUAUUACAAUGGAGUAGACAUCAUUGAUUUGGCCAAGCGACAAAAGCCACAGAUCAUCGCUAUGGGAAAUGUGUCUUUCUCUUGCUCACAACCCCAGUCUGUGCCGGUGACUUUUCUCAGCCCCAGGAGUUACUUAGCGCUGCCCGGCUCUUCCAGGGAGGACGAGGUUGCUGCUGCUUUUCAAUUUCGAACCUGGAAUAAUGCGGGGCUUCUGCUCUUCAGUGAACUUCAGCUGGUUUCGGGGGGUCUCCUCCUCUUUCUUAAUGAUGGAAAACUUAAGCUGAAUCUCUACCAGCCAGGAAGAUUACCCAGUGACAUCACAGCAGGUGUUGGACUGAAUGAUGGACAGUGGCAUUCCGUUUCCUUAUCUGCCAGGAGGAAUCACCUGAGUGUGGUGGUGGAUGGCCAGGUGGCCUCUGCUGCUGCCUCCCUGGGGCCUGAGCAGGUUUAUUCAGGUGGCACCUAUUAUUUUGGAGGUUGUCCUGACAACAGCUUUGGAUCCAAAUGUAAAAAUCCCCUUGGUGGAUUUCAGGGAUGCAUGAGACGCAUUUCUAUCAGCAACAAAGUGGUGGAUCUGAUUUCAGUUCAGCAGGGGACCCUGGGGAACUUCAGUGACCUUCAGAUAGACUCCUGUGGAAUCACAGACAGGUGUUUGCCCAACUACUGUGAGCACGGUGGGGAGUGUUCCCAAUCCUGGAACACCUUUCAUUGCAAUUGUGCCAACACGGGUUACACGGGAGCCACCUGCCACAACUCUAUCUAUGAGCAGUCAUGUGAAGCCUAUAAGCACAGAGGAAAUACUUCAGGGUUUUACUAUAUAGACUCAGAUGGAAGUGGUCCCUUAGAACCAUUUCUUCUCUAUUGCAAUAUGACUGAAACUGCAUGGACCAUCAUCCAGCACAAUGGCUCGGAGAUAACAAGAGUGAGAAACACUCCCCCGGAGAACCCGUAUGCUGGGUUUUUUGAGUACGUGGCCAGCCUGGAGCAACUCCAGGCCACAAUCACCCGUGCGGAGCACUGCGAGCAGGAGCUGGCCUACUACUGCAAGAAGUCGCGGCUUGUAAAUAGGCAAGAUGGGACCCCUCUGAGCUGGUGGGUUGGAAGAACCAAUGAGACACACACGUAUUGGGGAGGUUCUUUGCCUGAUCCUCAAAAAUGUACUUGUGGACUAGAGGGGAACUGCAUUGAUUCUCAGUAUUACUGCAACUGCGAUGCUGACCGGAAUGAAUGGACCAAUGACACUGGAUUCCUUUCCUACAAAGAACAUCUGCCAGUGACUAAGAUAGUGAUCACAGACACAGGCCGGCCGCAUUCAGAAGCAGCUUACAAGCUGGGGCCUCUACUCUGCCGGGGAGACAGGUCAUUUUGGAAUUCAGCUUCCUUCAAUACCGAGGCUUCAUACCUUCAUUUCCCCACUUUCCACGGAGAACUCAGUGCAGACGUGUCUUUCUUUUUUAAGACCACAGCUUCCUCCGGGGUGUUUUUAGAGAACCUGGGGAUUACCGACUUCAUACGGAUAGAGCUACGCUCUCCGGCGGUAGUGGCUUUUUCAUUUGAUGUGGGGAACGGGCCCUCUGAAGUCUCGGUGCAGUCCCCCACUCACUUCAACGACAACCAGUGGCACCACGUUAGGGUUGAAAGGAACAUGAAAGAGGCAUCCAUUCAAGUGGAUCAGCUCCCACCAGAGACCCAACCCGCUCCCGCGGAUGGCCAUGUCCUUUUGCAGCUCAACAGUCAGCUCUUUGUGGGUGGAACGGCCACCAGGCAGAGGGGCUUCCUGGGAUGCCUCCGGGCCCUGCAGCUGAACGGGCAGGCCCUGGACCUGGAGGACAGGGCCAGGGUGACUCCCGGUGUGGAGCCCGGCUGUCGAGGGCAUUGCAGCAGCUACGGAAAGCUGUGUCGCAACGGAGGGAAUUGCAGAGAGAAGCCCAGUGGAUUCUCUUGCGACUGCACCUUCUCUGCAUACACAGGGCCUUUCUGCUCCGAUGAGAUCGCUGCGUAUUUUGGAUCCGGCUCGUCCGUGGUUUACCAUUUUCAAGAAAAUUAUCCCUUAAGUAAAAAUGCCAGCUCCCACGCUGCUUCAUUCCAUGGUGAUCUGAAGCUGCGCCGAGAAAUGAUCAAAUUUAGCUUCCGGACAACACGGACACCCAGCUCACUGCUCUAUGUGAGCUCCUUUUAUAAAGAGUACCUUUCAGUCAUCAUUGCCAAAAAUGGAAGUUUGCAGGUCAGGUACAAGCUGAAUAGAUAUCAAGAACCAGAUGUCAUUACCUUUGAUUUCAAAAACAUGGCUGAUGGGCAGCUUCACCACGUCCAGAUUAACAGAGAAGAAGGAGCGGUCCUUGUAGAGAUUGACGAGAAUGCAAGGAGGCAAGUCCACCUGUCAUCAGGUACAGAAUUCAGUGCAGUCAAAUCUCUUGUACUGGGCAGGAUUUUAGAGCACAGUGAUGUUGACCAGGAGACGGCGCUGGCUGGUGCGCAGGGCUUCCUGGGCUGCCUGUCUGCAGUGCAGCUCAGCCACGUGGCCCCUCUGAAGGCUGCUCUGCACCCCAGCCGCUCCACCCUCGUCACUGUCUCAGGGCACGUGACGGAGUCCAGCUGCGUGGCCCAGGCUGGCACUGACGCCACAUCCAGGGAAAGGACACACUCCUUUGCAGAUCAUUCUGGAACAAGAGAUGACAGAGAGCCCCUGGCUAAUGCUAUCAAAAGUGACUCUGCAGUAAUUGGAGGUUUGAUAGCUGUUGUGAUCUUUAUCUUGCUGUGUAUCACUGCCAUAGCUGUUCGCAUUUAUCAGCAGAAAAGGUUAUACAAAAGAAAUGAGGCAAAAAGGUCAGAGAAUGUAGACGGUGCCGAGGCUGUUUUGAAAAGCCAGCUUAAUAGACAAAAUGCAGUCAGUGAAAAUCAGAAAGAAUACUUCUUCUGAUUGGCAGCCAUGACUUAGCUUGCAAUGACAAUAGUGUGUUUUAACAGCCAGGGGCUCUAA